CUGAAAGCGGGAGGGGAGUGGCAUGUCCGUGAGCUUGGGAAGGAGGGACGCGUGGGCAGGCUGGGGCAACCGUGCUGCUCCACCCCCGGCCUCUGCGCGCAGAGCCGAGGAGGCCUGGGGUUUGCAGGCACCGGGGAGCGCGCAGAGCGAGAGAGGGAAGCCGGGGCGCACCAGGGUACCUGAGCCGGGCCAUGGACGUGUACCACACCCCCGCCGCCGCGCUGGACAGCCUGGUGGCCCGCAACCUGCUGCCGUCCUCCGAGUUCCUGGCGGCUGCGCGGCGCGCCCUGGGCGACCUGGCAGCCUCCCUGCGUGAGCGCGGGGGCCGCACGGCUGCCCAGCCUUGGAGGGUGCUGAAAAUCGCCAAGGGAGGCUCCGAAGGCCGGGGCACAGCUCUGAGCGGUGGCUGUGAUUCCGAACUUGUCCUCUUCCUCACCUGCUUCAAGAGCUAUGAGGAUCAGCGUGUUCGCCAGGCAGAGAUCCUCAGCGAGCUGCAGACCUUGCUACAAUCCUGGUGGCAGAAACCCAUCCACGGUCUGAGCUUCGAGUUUCCUCGGCAGGACAGGCCCGGGGUCCUACGGUUCCGCCUGGUAUCCCUGGACCUUAAACACUGGAUGGAUGUCAGCUUGGUGCCGGCCUUUGACGCUCUGGGGCCACUCAAUUCCAACGUCAAAGUCAAACCCGCGCCCCAGGUCUACUCGACCCUCCUCAACAGUGGCUGCCAGGGCGGCGAGCAUGCGGCCUGCUUCUCAGAGCUGCGGAGGAACUUUGUGAACACUCGCCCGGCCAAGGUGAAGAACCUGAUCCUGCUGGUGAAGCACUGGUACCAUCAGGUGGCAGCUCAGAACAAAGGACAGCAGCCAGCCCUUGCCUCUCUGCCCCCAGUCUAUGCCCUGGAGCUCCUGACCAUCUUCGCCUGGGAGCAAGGCUGCGGGAAAGAUUCUUUCAAAACGGCCGAAGGCCUAAAGACCGUCCUAGGACUUGUCCAGCAGCACCAGCAGCUCUGUGUCUACUGGACGGUCAACUAUAGCUUUGAGGACCCGGCUAUCAGAACACACCUUCUUGGCCAGCUUCAGAAAAAGAGGCCCCUGGUCCUGGAUCCUGCUGACCCCACCUGGAAUGUGGGCCAGGGCAGCUGGGAGCUGUUGGCCCAGGAAGCAGCAGCUCUGGAGACACGGGUUUUCUUUAGGAGUGGAAAAGGGACGUCUGUGCAGCCCUGGGAUGUGAUGCCUGCUCUCCUUUACCAAACCCCAGCUGGGGACCUUGACAAGUACAUCAGUGAAUUUCUCCAGCCGAACCGCCAGUUCUUGGCUCAGGUGAACAAGGCUGUCGAUGCCAUCUGCUCAUUCCUGAGGGAAAACUGCUUCCGGAAUUCUGCCAUCAAAGUGCUCAAGGUGGUCAAGGGUGGCUCUUUAGCCAAAGGCACGGCUCUGCGAGGCCGCUCGGAUGCGGAUCUAGUGGUAUUCCUCAACUGCUUCAGCCAGUUCACCGAGCAGGGCACCAAGCGGACUGAGGUCAUCUCAGAGAUCCGAGCCCAGCUGGAGGCAUGUCAGCAGGAGAUGCAGUUCGAGGUGAAGUUCGAGAUCCCCAAGUGGGAGAAUCCCCGCGUGCUGAGCUUCUCCUUGACGUCCCAGACGAUGCUGGAUCAGAGUGUGGACUUUGAUGUGCUGCCAGCCUUUGACGCCUUAGGCCAGCUGGUCCCCGGCUACAGGCCCCCGUCUCAAGUCUACGUCGACCUCAUCCACAGCUACAACCACGCGGGCGAGUUCUCCACCUGCUUCACGGAGCUGCAGCGGAACUUUAUCAUCUCUCGGCCCACCAAGCUCAAGAGUCUGAUCCGACUGGUGAAAUACUGGUACCGGCAGUGCAACAAGAUGCCCAAGGGGAGAGGCUCCCUGCCCCCCCAGCAUGGGCUGGAGCUCCUGACGGUGUAUGCCUGGGAGCAGGGCGGUCGGGACCCCCAGUUCAACAUGGCCCAGGGCUUCCGCACUGUCCUAGAGCUGGUCAGCCAGUACCACCAACUCUGUGUCUACUGGACCGUCAACUACAACGACAAGGACAAAACUGUCAGAGACUUCCUGAACCGGCAGCUUCGACAGCCCAGGCCCAUCAUCCUGGAUCCGGCUGACCCGACAGGCAAUCUCAGCCACAAUGCCCGCUGGGACCUGCUGGCCGAGGAAGCCGCUGCCUGCAUAUCUGCCCUGUGCUGCAUGAGCAGGGACGGCACCCCCAUCCGGCCAUGGCCAGUGAAGACUCUCGCCCCGGUCAUUUGCAGUUUCCUGGUUCUCAAUUGUGAGUUUUGGUUUCCUGUCUGCAGGCAAGGGAGUGGCUCCUUCUCCUCUCGCUUCCAUCCCCCGACACCACGGCCGCCAGCGGGAGCAAUGGGCAUCUGGGGGUCGCAUCUGUACUCCGUGCAGCCUAAGAAGCUGGAUGAGCUGAUUGAGAACUCCCUGAGGCCCUAUGAAGAGUGCCAGAGACAGAUCCAUGACACGGUGGACGCCAUCUGUGCCAUCCUGCAGGAAACGGAGCAGAUGCCCCCCACGAUAAGUGUGGUCAAAGGCGGCUCCUAUGGCAGGGAAACCAUGUUGAGGGGCAACUCCGAUGGGACGAUUGUCAUCUUUGUCAGUGACUUUGAACAGUUCCAGGAUCAGGAAAAAAAACGAGAUGAAAUCCUCACCAAGCUCUGGCUGUGUCUGACAGAGUGUCAGUUCACCAGGAAGAUGCCAGCCAAAAUGGAGGUCCAGAAGUCCCCCAGUGGGCUCACCUUCCAGCUGUCCACAAGAUCGCAGAACAUCACGUUCAAGGUGCUGCCUGCUUACAACGCUCUGGGCUUGAGCGAGAAGCCCACCCCCCAGACCUACCGAGAGCUCAGAAGAGCCCUGGACAUGACCAAAGCCCACCCUGGUGAAUUCUCCGUCUGCUUCGCCGAGCUCCAGCAGAGGUUUUUUCACAACCAUCCGAGAAAGCUGAAGGAUUUGAUCCUCUUGGUAAAGUACUGGUACCAGCAGUGCCAGGAGAGGCUGAAAGGUCUGUCCCCUCUGCCCGUGUAUGCCUUGGAGCUGCUCACGGUCUAUGCCUGGGAACAGGGGUGCAGAGCAGAAAACUUUGACAUGGCAGAAGGCAUCCGAACUGUCCUGGGGCUAAUCAGACAGCAGGAGCAACUGUGCAUCUAUUGGAUGGUCAACUACAACUUUGAGAAUGAGACAGUCCGGAACAUUCUGCUGAGCCAGCUGAGGUCACCCAGGCCGGUAAUCUUGGAUCCAGCCGACCCAACCAAUAACGUGAGCAAAGAGAAGGCAUGUUGGCAACUCUUAAAGCAAGAAGCUUGGAGCUGGUUGUCUUCUCUCAGCCCCGGUCAGUCACCUGGACCAUCAUGGAAUGUUCUGCCGGUGCCGCUGUUCGCCACCCCGGGCCAUCAUCUAGACAAGUUUAUCAAGGACUUUCUCCAGCCCAACAAACAGUUCCUAGACCAGAUCACCAUAGCUGUUAAAUUCAUCCGUGAAUUCCUUCAAAAAAAUUGCUUUAGCCAUUCAAGGACGAAGGUCCAGAAGAUUGUGGAGGGAGGGUCGGCAGGCAAAGGCACAGCUCUGAAGACUGGCUCCGAUGCUGACCUCGUUGUGUUCACAGACUCGCUUAAAAGCUACACCUCCCAAAAAAACGAGAGAUGCUGUAUCAUCAAGGAAAUCCACACACAGCUAGUAGCCUGUCAGCGGGAGAAAGAAUUCGAAGUAAAGUUUGAGAUUUCAAAAUGGAAGGCUCCCAGGGUGCUGAGUUUCUCUCUGAAAUCCAAAGUGCUCAACGAAAGUGUGAACUUUGAUGUCCUGCCUGCAUUUAAUGCCCUAGGUCAACUGAAUUCUGACUCCCCACCCAGCCCCAAGGUCUACACUGAUCUCAUCGAUCUGUAUAAAUCGUCAGACACCAUGGACGGAGAAUUUUCCACCUGUUUCACGGAGCUGCAGCGCAAAUUUGUUGUCUCUCGGCCCACUAAACUGAAGGAUCUAAUUCGUCUGGUGAAACACUGGUACAGACAGUGUGAAAGGAAACUGAAGCAUAAAGUGUCUCUGCCCCCGAAGUAUGCCGUGGAGCUGCUCACCAUCUACUCUUGGGAGCAGGGGAGUGGGGCAGAGAAUUUCGACACCGCGGAAGGUUUCCGGACGGUCCUGGAGUUGAUCACAAAAUAUCGGCAGCUCUGUGUCUUCUGGACAGUCAAUUACAACUUUGAGGAUGAGACUGUGAGGAACUUCCUACUGACCCAGAUCCAGAGGACCAGGCCCGUGAUCUUGGACCCAGCGGACCCCACCGGAGACGUGGGCGGAGGCGACCGAUGGUGCUGGCAUCUCCUAGCAAAAGAAGCUACCGAGUGGUUGUCCUCUUUCUGCUUCACAGAUGGGACUGGAUAUCCUGUGCAAUCGUGGAAAGUGCCAAUAGUGCAGACACCAGGCAGCUGUGGCAUGGGGAUUCAGCCUCUGGUCAAUGAGAUGUUCGCCUUCAGAAGUCCUAGAACCAGGAAUGGUAAUGCUAGAAGAGCCUUCUGGGGGUCGUCCGGCAGCUGCUUCUUAAAGAAUCCACUCGCUGUCACCGUGGCCAGCUCCACUCUCCUCCAUUCCUCCUCUCGCUUCUCUGACUCCUCUCAAAACCAAGACCGCCCGGUCCUUCCCAGCACCAGCCCGCUGGACUCUCGCUCUGCACGUGACCCGCCUUCCCAGACACACCCGCGCUCACCCAGCUUCACCGGCUCCAUCGUUUUUUGUCAACCACGGCGUGUUUUCCACUUAGCUCCUCGCUUUUCCUUCAAGCCUUAGCAGCGCGAUUUCUCUGUAGUCCCAGAGGGAAGCCCUUUCCCCGCCCCUGGGAUCCUAUAAUUUCGUGAUCUUGCUCUCACCCUCCUCCGUCCUGGCCAACAUCUUGCCUCUUUCCCUCUGCACACCGAUUCCUGUCUACACCUGCUGAGCCGAAGGUCUCCCCAGCAAGUCGCGAGCCGAUGUCUUCUUAGCCCUUAAAACUUUCCAGAAGCUUGGAUUAUAACUGUUGCUUCACAGGCAUAAUAGCCUAUUGACUUUUCCUCCCCCUCCCCCCCAGCCCACCACGAUGCGUGCCUUCUGGCUGGAUCUCAAGGCUUUAUGCUCUGGCUUUAGCUUCAGAGAUACCUGGAUGUCUCCGUGUUUUAACCUCAAAUAUCCACUUCAAGCAUUACCACCCUGCGUUAUGCCACUACACCAACCAUCACAGAAUGAAGAGGGUGUCCAGUCUUUGUCCCCAGCUCCCAGCCCAGAGCCUCAGGAUCCAGGGAAUUUCCCGAUAGGAGAGUCUUUACCACCCCCAAGGAGCCUCAUCCAGCCGUCCCUGAGCUUAUGCCAAUGGGGUUUAGGGCCUUUGGUGAGAGUUUCCAAGGAGGGACUGGCCACGCCGGCGAUGCCAGGCAUGUAAUGAGAGGGUAGAAGCUUUCAGUCCCAUCCCCCCAACCUCCCAAGAGCAGACUGAAUUCAAGCACCUGGCUAAUGGUUUAAUUAAUCAUGCCUUUGUAAUGAAACCCCAAUAAAGACUCUGGACAGCAA